CGGUGGUGAAAAGGGUAGUGGUGGGGGGGGGGGGGGGGGGGAAACUACGGGGAGUCGGGGGUGGGGAGCGUCGAGCAGCUGGGACUGGUGGCGGGACGAACUGGAGGGAGUGCGAACCAAACAGAGAGUAACCAGACGAGUUUCUGCCGAGGUACUGUAGCUACCGCGAGCUCUCCUCCGCGGUACAGAGAAGGCGAUUAUCGUUAAACCGCGUGCGGUACCUUCCAUUUUACUACCCUCGAAGAAUACCCCGAAUACAUGGUGGUGAACCGGUGGAAUCUGACAAAGACAAUAUAGAGUGCGGACAAAAAGCGCAGGCCCUGAAUCAAAAAAAUUAGUCCCGUUUUCAUCCCGAUCGUCGCGAGUCUCCGUUCAUUCACUCCGGAUCAGAGGGUUGUUUCGACGUCGAUCGAGACGGACCUUGCCGAGAUCAUGUGAACCCUUCGAAUCGAAAGUUCUGAGCUCUCGGGGUCGCUACGGUAGAGGGAUGAAAAAUUGGCGAGCGAAAUUCGACGGUCGCAGUCUCUGAGGCCCUUCGAGUGCACGCUGCCGAAUAAAGAACCGGCGCGAGACACCUCGCCAGGUGUAUAAGAGGGAAAAAGGAGAUUGUUGCCGCACCUGCCGCCGUCCUUGCUGAGCGCCACUCGCACGCUGCGUGCGUGCCGGCUAUCCAUCAUGGUUGCGGACAUAGAGGUUCUCUGAUUGGUCUGCCUCUGGUCACGUGGUAUGGUAAUUGGGUAGAAGUGGGCGGUUACUUCUACAGUCGCCUCGUGCGAUCCAAGAGAAGUUCGGAGAGAGAGGAAUCGUCAGCAAAAGUGUCGAAGAAGCGGGACCAACAGCUGUGUAUCCGUCGCGUGUGGAGUACGGAGUGUCCAAGGGCGUGAAAAUACCGCCCUUCGUUCUCAGGGAUAGAAAUUCGACCCGUGAUAACAGGAAUCCAAAAUAAUCCACGGAUGACGGACCCAAGUGAUAAGUGUUGUGAUCGGAGGGGGUGUGUGUGAACGUGAGACCGUCAGUGCUACGAAAAAAAAAUUGGAACAGAAGAAAAAAGACAAGCAAAAUAAGGAGAAGCUGAAAUAACAUCAAAUAAGAUAAAGAAUCAAGAGGAAACUGAAACGUUGAGAGGUUUCCUCCAGAGCAGUCAUGAGUUCGUUCUUGAUGAAUCCCUCGACUGCCGGAGGGUACCACCAACAGCACCAACAACCGGGUGCUCAUCAUUUGGCCCCGGCAUCGGUGGUGGUGGACCCGAAAUUUCCACCCACCGAGGAGUACAGCCAGAGCAACUACAUUCCGUCGACGGGCGCUGAUUUUUUCGGGGGUGGUCAUCACCUGAAUCAUCCCCAAUCGCACCAGUUGCAAUAUCACUAUCAUCAGCACCAUCAUCAAGCGACCUCGACUCCGUACGGAGCUUCUCCAGCGGUACAAUUGAACGGGGGUUACGCGGGAUACGGUGGAUAUUACGGCCCUCAUCAUCCUCAUCAUCAAGUGCACGCGGUACACCAUGCGAGUCUUCAUCCUCACCAUCAGGCCGUCGGGGCACUCGCUAUGCCGCCGGAAGCCCAACAGCCGCCACUCACUUGUCCGACCACUAUGCAAAAUCAACAGAAUCCGCAUCAACAACCUCCGGUACCAACGUCCACCGUAUUGGGAUCGACCGCACUAUCGCCACCCCUGAUGGCCGCACAUGUACAACAACCCGAUCAGCUACAGCAGCAUCAACAUCAGCAGCAACAGCAACCGCAGCAACCGAAACACGAGAACGCGACCUGCAGUCCGGCAGACUCUGGAAACUUGCAUCGGGAUACUUCGCCGGAUUUGCAGCAGCAGCAACAGGCGCAGCAUAUUCAAAACCCCCAUCAGACGCAACCGCAGCAACAACAUCAUCUGGACGAUGGCUCCGAUCAGGACGAUAUGGAGGAUGAUCAGAUGAUGGACGGAUCGCCGGGAAUGAUGGACGACGACGAAGAAGACGACGAGAACGGUGAUCGGGUCAUUUAUCCUUGGAUGAAGAAAAUACACGUCGCCGGUGUAGCAAACGGUUCGUAUCAACCGGGCAUGGAGCCCAAGCGUCAAAGAACGGCGUACACGAGGCACCAGAUACUAGAACUGGAAAAAGAGUUUCACUACAACAGAUACUUGACGAGGCGAAGACGAAUAGAGAUAGCCCAUACCCUGGUACUGUCCGAACGUCAGAUAAAGAUCUGGUUUCAAAAUCGAAGAAUGAAAUGGAAGAAGGACAACAAGCUACCGAACACGAAAAACGUACGGAGGAAAAACGCGAACGGCACACCGCCGGCGAAGACCUCGAAGGGCGGCUCGAGGUCGAAACUCGGUACGGGUAACAACAACAACCAGCGGAAAAACAACAACAACUCGCCAUCGGGCGCCAUAGAGAGCGGGAGCCUCGACGGUAGCGUUGGCCAACUCGACAUGAACGACGUCCACGGGGUGAACUCUGCCCUUCCACAUCCUCACACCGCCCAUCCCAGUUUCCAAGGUCAUCCUCACUCGCUCGCUCAUCUCCAAGCGCAGCUGAGUCACCUACAAGUCGGCGGAAUGCUCGAUGCAACGGGUGCCCCUAUCGGGCACAUGGGAUCCGGGAAUAUCAGUCCCUUGGCUCCUGCGACUAGCCCACCGUGUCUCACGACCCCCAGUCAGCCUCUGCCCGUCAAGUCUGACUACGAUCUCACGGCCCUGUAACACCCGAUUAAGCCCACCAACAGCCAUCAUCAUCCUCAACUCAGCGACCUCACGAACGUCCUAUCAACGCGAGGUGGGUCUCCAUACUUUUUGCACUAUAAUCAAAUCCUCGAGUCGUAAUUCUGUUUAUUGGUUGCAUUCGUUUAUAUCGUACGUAAUUUUAUGCUCGUGAUUGAAAUUCAUCGAUUUCUCAUAUCCUCGUCUUUGUUCAAUCGUUGUUAAAUUUUUAUUAUUCAGUUAUAUAUAGAGGACAAUCGUUGAUAUAGAAAAUUUCUUUCUCUUUCAAAUUUUUUUAAUACUCGUGCCAUCGUUUAGGUGAUAAGUCUAUCUUUAUUAUUUUUUCCACACUCUUCAAAAUUAUAUUAUACACGUUAGAGUCCGGAUUGUACCCUGCGAUUUUUUUUCAAAUUCCAUCCAAUAAUUUGGGGCCGAUGAACUGGAAUGAUCCGCCACUUACCUGGUAAUAUGUAAAUAUCACGAUUACGUGUACAUGUAUUGUACAUAUAUAGUAUGUAAAAUUAUUACCUGUAGAAUUAAAAAUGGCAUUCUGUCACAAAGUGUAUAAAUACCAGUGUUUUAGGUUUACUCGAGUACUAUAUACUAUAGAUAGAUAAUGUGUGACUAAAAAGUGGAUAAUAUUGUUUAUAAAAAUUCUAUGAAAAUGAAGACAAGAAAACGAAAAAAAAAAAAUGGAGAGAAACUCAAUUCCGUCAACCUCGCAUGUCACAUGCGUACGUCUGUCUAAAAAUUACUGCAGAUCUGCCGUUCUCAGAUUUUGCAAUCGAAUGACGGUUCUUUCUUUCUUUUUUUUAUUAUUCUUUCAAAUAAAUCGUUAUGACAAUUUCGCUGCAGAUGCGCAAUGUCCCGUAGCAUAUGAUGUUAUCGUUUGUCCAGACGACAAAAGCACCGCCAUUCGGUAAUUUCGGUCUAUCAAAUCUAUACACUAUAGCACAUCGCCGUGCCGCAGUUUAAAUUAUUUUCAACGAUAUAACCGCGUUCGUUUCGCAUGAUUGAACGGAACGCGCGAGUUACCGCGAAGUGCCGCCGACGUCGUCGAAUCUAAUGCAGUACGCAUUAGUUCAGCUACCGUACGUUUUUUGCUAUAAUACGUACCUAUAAAGACGUUCUAAUCUGGACACGCACUUUCCAUUUGCACUUAAACUGGAAUCAUUAUCAUCAUGAUUACGAUUAUCUUAUCAUUUUUAGAAAGAUUAUCAACGAUUACGAUCUAUGGAUAGCCGUUGCGUGGAUUGACGUGGCGAUAUUAUAUAAUCAUCGGUUAUGGUUUUAUAAAUGCAGUGAAAUUGUGUAUAACAGGAAAUGAACUGGUGGUUACAGUCUGACUUUCAUUUCUGUCUUGACGGUCGUGCAGAUUUAUUUCUACCUACAUAUCUAUUAUACGCGAAGUGCGGUACACGCCGUGUUUCAGAUAUUUCUCAUCAAAAAUUUAGACACGCUGCCAGCUGCUAUAUGAUUCUUUGACAUUAAUAAACACGCGAAUACCGUGCAAAAAUCACGAAACUGUAUAUAUAUGCAAUUGAAAAUGACGAAAGUUUUUUUUUCUGUUUUGUAUUUCCUUUUUUCGAAAUUCAUAUGUUACCUCGCGAAUGAACACGAUAUCGAUGUAUACUUCAUGAGCGUCAAUAAUUUUCUACAAGGUCUUCAUACGUUACAUAUUCUUGACGACCGAAAACGUAGGUAUAUAAUUGGCGGGUCUACGUAUAGAUGUAACAACAAUUUACCGGACAUUGCACUAUGAAAAUUGUUGAUCGUUCCGUGCCCAUAGAUAUACGUGUAUUGUAUACAUAUAGGUAUUAGCGAAUUCUAUUUUUAGAAACCAUUAAUAAAAUUGGGUUAUUUAUAACACGUUAUACCCACACGGGUGUAUAUGGUCACUCACUAAAAAUUACACUGUCAUUCUGAGGUUCAUUAGUUAUACGGCGGUAAUACGGAUCGUCAUGCUUUCAAUUACAAAAUAUUUUCUAUGUCAAGUUCACAUGAACUGGAUUAGUCAUCGGUGACGUAAAUUCGCCGAAUAUCAACUUGACCCAAAUUUUUCGAAUUCGCAAACUUUGCUCCCCGAGACUUUUUCUUUGAUUUUCGUUGUUUCUCUAUCAUCCCUCCGUCUCACAAUCUUUGCGAAUAUCAUCUUACUCUCUUCUCGUCUUUGGAUUCCUAUAACUUUUUCAUUUUUUCAAAUUCUUAUUUUCAUGCAACAUCGAUUAGAAAUUUUACCAAUUUUUUAGUGAGAAGUUUUAUUCAUAUUUCAGCGUAUACAUUGCAUACUUUUUUCGGUCAUAUCGACCACGAAGAAUCCAUCAUGGAAUAACGUGCUCCUAAUUGAGCCACAUAUUUAUCUGCUGAGCUGCUUCUGCAGACCGUAAACGAAUCGAUGAAAUAAGCAUUCAUUACGUAAAGACAUAUACGUUAAGAAAAUGAAAAAGAGAAAAAAAAAACCAAUUUACCACAUAGCAUAUUUGGUGUCCCAAUCGAAAUGAUUUUUGUGCCCCAUGCAAGUUCGCGGCGCGUUAUAAAUCGGCGUACAAUAUAUCCUAAUGAUCGACGAUAAACACGUGGGUAACGCAGAAUAAUUUUAAUUUAUUGAUUUAUUUAUUUUCUACUUGUACUCGUUCAUUGAUUUCUUUUUCUCUGUUUUUUUUUUUUUCUCCAUUUUUCAUUGUUUUUUUUUCUAUUUUGAAUUCUGGCGAUACACGGCGGAUCAAAGGAAUAUUGAUUGAUAUAAAUAAAAAUGAUAAAUCUUCGUCUUUUCAAUUGUAUAAUAAAUUCAUUUCGAAAUCACAUACCUAUAUUUCUCGCGAUGUGUAUGUCGUAAGAAAAAAUUUAAACGGGCUGUACGAUAAUGUAACUAAUUAACUGUAUUUACAAAUAAUUUGAGGUGAAGGUUAUGCGAAAGAUUGAACGUAAAAAAAAUGAUGAUGAUAUUAAUUUUAAUAAUGAUUAUUGA